GUUGGGAUGGGGUUGUUGGGAUGGGGUCGUUAGAUGGGAUCGUUAGGAUGGGAUCGUUGGGAUGGGAUCGUUGGGAUUCCCCGCAGUGCUGGAGAUCCUGGAGCUGAUCCAGCGCCGCGACCUGGUGGCGGCCGACGAACAGAUCAUCGCUUUGGAAGCCGAGUGCUCCGCCAUGGCCUCCCUUCCGUCACCACCACCAUCAUCAUCCUCGCCGUCCUCGCCGUCCUCGCCGUCCUGCCGCCAGACCCGCGACGUGGCUCUGCUCUACGAUGCCCUUUUGGCGCAGCUUUGGGCCGUGGUGGGAGAAUCGGUUCCGUCGGGCCGGCCGUAUCCCCUCCUCCGUUCCGUGGUCCGAGUUUUGGAGCAGGAGGAAGCGGCCGAUGCCCGGCAUCCUUUCGGGAUCCCCGGUCGCCCCCGGGGGCUUCGGCGGCGUUGGGAGGAGGCGGUGGGGAGGGCGGCCGUGGAAAGGUUGGGGCAGGUGGUGGUGGGGGGUGGGUUGGGACCCAGGUUGGCGGCGUUGGCCGGAAGGGCCGUGGGGGAUUUGGGGAUGGCCAGGUGCCACGUGGUGCCCGUUUACCCGGCUGGCUAUGAUGCUUUUGGGGUCUACGCCAAGGGGUAUCACCGGGCGUUGGCUCAGCAGUUGGUGGCGUUGGCACAGAGACCGUUGGCGGUGCCGGAGUUGUAUCUGCUGCUGGAUUGGCACAGCAAUACCUACACCAGGGAGGUGUUGGGGCACCCCGAGAUCGGGGCGCUGCUGCAGGCGCAGGAUUUGGGGCCCCUCCUGCCACCCGAAACCCAGCGGGGCCUCGAGAGGUCCUGCAUCGCUGCUGUCAAGGUACGGCAUGGGGGGCACCGGGGGGCACCGGGGGGCACUGGGAUGGGGACAAGAUAGGUAUUGGGGUGGCAC